AUGAAUUAUUGGUUAAUCUUUUCGUGUUUAUUUGCUACAUGUUUAGCUGUUGCCUAUGGCCAAUUAGGUUUUUCAACAUCAACUGGUCGUCCAAUUUCAACAACAGGCCGUCCAAUUUCAACAACAGGUCGUCCAAUUUCAACAACAGGCCGUCCAGUUUCAACAACUGCUGGUAGCUCAUUAAAAUGCGUUUGUUCGUGUUGUUCUGGUCUUCGUUGUAAACCAGUGGCACUUCAAUCAUUUGUUGAUACAACAUGCAUAGUAAAAGCAUGUAAAGAGAAAUGUAAAGUUUUUGAACCAAAACAUUGCGAUCAUACAUUUAUGGGUACAAACGAUGCAUAUUGCACUGUUUAA